AUGCCUGAUUCUCAAGAAGAACAAAAGAAGAACGCAUGUGAGAAGCAUUCGUGUCAUCCGCUCACAGAGUGUCAGGCUAUCAAAACGAAGGAGCAGGGUACCGAAAAAUGGAGUUAUAAACCAGUCUGUAUGAGAGUCCCAUCAUGUUCCACCAAAAAAUGCAUGCAAGGCGAAAAGUGUUCGAUGAAAGAAGUAAAAUGUCAAUUAACCCCUUGCUUCAAGAUCCCAACAUGCCUUCCGGAUGUGAACGAAGCAUCUCCGGAAUAUCAAAUGCCACCUGCGUUUUUGGUUUAG